CCUUCUAUCUUCAUCCUCCUUCUUCCCCAGCUCUGUUUCACUAACACAAAAUUAAAAAAAAAUGCCAAUUUUCACAGCCUCUGUUUCACCUCAUCCCCAGCUUUUCUUCACCUUCAAUAAUGAACCUUUUUCCCCUCACUCCUCACUAUCUAUAGCUUCCUGUAGCAGCAUUAGCCAUUUCAAUGGCUGUAAACUGCUCCACAACAGGUCAAGAAACUCGAGUUUUACUUCCGCUAGGGUUUCCGUCUCCGACAAUUCUAACGAAUCAGCCACCGCUACUUCCACUGAUGAUCUCGAGGAAGAGUCGUCUGAUGAUAUUCGUCAGACACGGAGGUCUGCUGAUUGGAAAGCGGCACGGGCUUAUAAAGACAGUGGAUCAAUUUUUGAGGGUAGGAUUGAAGGGUGCAAUGGCGGAGGAUUUCUUGUUCGAUUUUAUUCGCUUCUAGGGUUUCUUCCUUUUCCCCAGUUGAGUCCAUCACAUACUUGUAAAGAACCACACAAAUCAAUCCAUGAUAUUGCAGAAGAUUUGAUUGGUUUGAAUAUUUCUGUGAAGAUAAUGCAAGCAGAUGAGGAGAACAGAACUCUGAUAUUCUCUGAAAAGGAAGCUAACUGGUCCAAGUUUUCUAAAAGAAUUAAAGUAGGCGAUAUUUUUAAAGGACGGGUAGGUUCUGUUCAGGAUUUUGGUGCCUUUGUUCACUUGCUCUUCCCUGAUGGUUUGUAUCAUCUCACUGGACUAGUUCAUGUCUCUGAGGUUUCUUGGGAUUUAGUUCAUGAUGUAAGAGAUGUUCUUACAGCGGGCCAAAAUGUGAAGGUCAAAAUUAUAAACAUUGAUCGGCAAAAGUCAAGGGUGACACUGUCAAUCAAACAGUUGGAAGAAGAUCCAUUGUUAGAAACUUUGGACAAAGUAAUUCCUCAGGAUGGUUCUGUCGGUUCUGAUCAUUUGGCCGUGAAUGACAAUAGUGUGAUUGAUCCUCUUCCGGGGCUUCAAGAAAUAAUUAAGGAGCUACUACGUGAAGAUGGUGUAGAUGAUGUUAGAAUCAACAGACAAGGUUUCGAGAAACGUGCUGUUUCACAAGACCUGCAACUUUGGCUUUCAAAUGCACCACCUGUAAAUACGACAUUCAUCCUUCUUGCUCGUGCUGGACGGCAGGUGCAAGAAAUACAACUGACAACAACACUUGAUCAAGAAGGUAUAAAGAAGGCACUGCAGCGAGCACUCGAACGCAUCCCGUGAUGUGAAUUCUUGUCUGGUAAUGUUGAUGUGAAUUCUUUUUCAUUUGAUUUUUUUCUUCUCCUGGUGCUGUACAGCAGUUAUUACAAACCCAAACCCAGUUACUGCAGUUUGUCCACCAAUAUGGAAGGUGUAAAUCGGAACUGCAUGUUUUUUGAAAGAAAGCAUCAUAAGUUUAAAUGUCAGUUCCAAACAAUAGUCAGAAAAUAUUAAAAUUCAUCUUUCUUGAUAAUAUGAUGAAGAAAGAGUAUUUGAUGA